CGCCGCAAAAAUGACAGGCGUUUUAGGCUUAUUUGGCAGGCAAAAAUAUACAGGCGGCUAUGAACCAACUGAUCUGAAAGCAUCUGAAAGCGGGUAUCAUGCCGGCAUACGAAAUGACUAUGAUCUUACGUAAGAUGUCCAAACCAGAGAUCACAAGUGCACUGAAACGCACGGGAGAGUACGUACUGAAGAAUGGAGCCGUCCUCCGCUACAUCCAAAACUUGGGAACCAAAGAACUUCCCCUCAAGAUGAGCAGGCACGGUCGCACAAAUUGGCACGGGAGCUACUUCCUUUUCAGAUUCGAUGCAUCACCGCAACUUACAGUGGCAAUGCGAGGAGAGAUCAAACGAGAUGUGGACAUUAUUCGCGCCACAUUCAUUACCCUUUCACCGCCAAAGGCCAUCACAUGCACCCUCGAAGAAGAGAUGCAGCCGCCUGCGUACCGACCCAGUGUGCAGGCACUCAUGGCCCAAAGCCAAGUGAAGAGGAAGCAGACUUUUGAGAAACACACGGAUGGUCCAGUCUGACCUGCCGCCUUAGGCAUAGUACAGUGUUUCCACAUCCCUUAAGCUGUCAUACCUAAUAAAGAGAAGUUGCAUGAUCUGUUACAGGUGGCACCUGAA